AUGCUUUUCAAACAAUGGAAUGAGUUGUCUAUACCUAGACAUGAGUUGGAUUACCCAAUUCUGACAUCAAAGGAAGAAUCCCUACAAAGUUUGCCAUUACCAACUGUUUCCAUACCUAUAAAUUUAAAUUUAAAAGAUUACGAUGCAGUUUAUAUAACAACCAAGCUUAUGAAUCCUUUGUUUCCUAAAAAAUUCCUUAACAUUAAAGAAGUCGGUUCCAUUAAAAUGGCAUUAUCCUUUGAAGAAACAGGUCUGAAUGAAGGUAACUAUUCUUGGAAUUUUAAUGAAAAUUUCCCAGAAGAAUUUGACCCAGCAUCUCAAGAAGAAAAUGAAGAAAUAAAGAAAUCCUUCAGUUUUGAAUUCCCACUCUUCCAUAUCCCUAAUAAUAAUAGUCUGUUGAUUUCAAUAGACGAAAAUUUUUUGAAGCUAUCACCUAUCUUUGACAAUGUUCUUGCUAAAGAACUUGCGAACCUUCUUGUUGAUUGCAAAUAUAUAUUUGUAAUUGGGACAUCGGAUAGAGUCAUGGAUUCUAAAAGCAUUACAUGCUCUGUCUGUAAUCUGAAUCCACCGGAAUUCGUUAGUGGCUUCAUUGGUUCAUUGAUAUCGAAUUUGGCUAUUCAACCUGUCUCGAAUUUUAGUAGUAUUAUUGUGCCAAGUGAAGGACCUACUGGCUUUGAAAAGAUUUCAUUGGAAACUAUGAACGAAUUAGUGCAUACUUUCAUGGAUCAAUGGAAUAAUGAAAUUGAUACUCAGAAAUAUUACGAAGAAUGUAACAAAUAUUGGAGAUUUGAUGGAUCUGCAAUGAGUACCCAAUCGGGGUUAUAUAUUUAG